AUGACUGACGAAAAUUGGACUCAUGUCAGCGACCGAAAGAGAUAUGGAAUCGCCAUUCAUAACUAUCUUCAAAGUGGACCACAUCGUAUCAAACUGUUGGCCGGUGAAUGUGUUCACGUUCUGGAAGAAAGUGCUGAAUGGUAUUACGGGUUCUCUUUUAAGAAUAAAUCAACCCACGGGAUAUUUCCUAAAAAAUUUGUUCAUAUCAUGGAUAAUGUUGUUGAAAAAUUUGGGCCAGCGGAGUUGACAGUUUUGAAACAACCACAAAUUGUUCAUGAAUUAACCAGUGUUAUUCGAGAAUGGGGUGCCAUAUGGAAACAAUUAUACAUAUCUCACAACUCAAAUUUUAAGAAUGUAAAAAAUAAAAUGUACGAAUUAAUAAACUUUAGAAGUAAAAUAUUAUCUGGUACACUUCCAGUAGACGAGCUAAAAGAAGUACAAAGACUGGCUACAUCUACCAUAGAUAUUGGAAACAAAUUAUUAGGACUAGAUAUGGUGGUUAGGGAUGAACAGGGUAAUAUUUUGAAUCCAUUACAUACACCAACCAUUCAGCUAUACAAACAUCAUGAAAUAGCCACUGAACGCAUCCAAAAUUCUCAUACCACUGGGGUGUAUAAAAAGUCAAUUCAGCAGAUCAACUAUUUGUAUAACUACACUGUGUAUUUAUCUGUACACAAUUUCAUGUGCAAAAUAAUGGAUGAUGCUGAACUACUAUUAACAUUAUAUGAUGCAAAGAGUGGUAAAUCAUUUUCUGAAAAUUUUGCUAUACGAUGGGCCACCAAUAAAAUGGACCAGGGAUGGUCACAGACUGAUAUUUUUCAUAAUUUCAGAGCUUUAUUCACAGACCUAGGAACCAGAGAUUUAACUCGAGAGAAGGUAUAUUUAGUGUGUUAUAUAAUACGAAUUGGUGGUAUGGAUAAUGAUAGUAAUAGUAAAAAGAGUUGGGCUACAACACAAAUCCGUAGACCCUGGGGUGUUGCUGCUAUGGAUCUGACUUUGUAUUUUACUCAAAAACUGGAGAGUGAUGAAGACAAACAUCAUUUUAUGCCAUUUUUACCAUGUGAAAAAGAUAACCUAGAAAACACCUUGAAAAGGUAUUUAAAUCUUAGAGACUAUUCUCAUAAAGAACACAAAGGUCAAGGACUGUAUGUCAGUUUUAAACUGCUUCAUGGGGAUAUUAAACAGGUGCGAGAAGAAUGUCCACAUUUAGUUCUUGGUAAUGUUGCCUUAGUGAGAAAAAUGGGAUUUCCAGAAGUUAUAUUACCUGGUGAUGUGAGAAAUGAUCUCUACUUAACGUUGGUAAAUGGAGAGUUCUCAAGAGGAAGUUUGUCUUCAUCGGACAAAAAUAUCCAAGUUACUGUCACUGCAUGUAAUGAAAAAGGUGUUAAGUUACUAGGUGUAAUCAUGCUGGGCGGGGACUCUGAACCUCUUUCUGAUUUUAAUUCUGUUGUUUAUUAUCAUGAAGAUAAACCUCGCUGGUAUGAAAUUGUGAAAUUAGCCAUACCUAUAGAGGACUUUAAAGGUAGUCACUUGAAGUUCAUGUUCAAACAUAGAUCAUCAAAUGAAACCAAAGAUAAAAAUGAAAAGCCAUUUGCACUAUCAUUUGUUAAAUUGAUGCAAGAUAAUGGCACUACAUUGAGAGACACAUUACAUGAAUUGUUGGUGUACAAAAUUGAUCAUAAAAAAUUUGAUUGCAUGGACAUAUCAUAUCUAAGUCUUGCUUCAAGAAAAAAUGAAUUAACCGAAACAAAUAAUCAAAUAUCUGUACCUGGACUAUCCUUAGCUAAUAAAGAUGUAUUUAUAAUACAGUCAAAUAUUUGCUCAACAAAACUAACACAAAAUGUUGAUCUCUUGGGUUUGUUGAAUUGGACAAGUCAUCCUGACAAAUUACGUACUAGUUUAUCUGCUUUGAUGAUAGUUGACGGCGAAGAAGUAGUUAAGUUCUUGCAAGAUGUUUUAGAUGCAUUAUUCAACAUUCUCAUGCAUAAUUCUGAUUCUGAUCUCUUUGAUAACAUGGUUUUUGAAUGUUUGCUGUAUAUUAUUGGAUUAGUUUCUGAUAGAAAAUAUCAGCACUUCCAACCAGUUCUAGAUUUAUAUAUUAAAGAAAGUUUUUCUGCAACACUGGCUUAUAAUAAAUUGAUAGUAGUUUUAAAGUUCCAUUUAAGUAACUUGGAUCAAACUGACAAGGAUCUCUUAUUAAAAAUAAUGAAAUCAUUCAAGUACAUCAUGAAGUUUAUUGCCAGAUCUCGUUUUUUGUUUUCUCAAUUGUAUGAAGGCAAAGGACAACAAACUUUUGAAAUGUCUAUGUAUGAAAUGUUGAAGUUAUUAUCAAAGUUAAUGUGUAGUAACUCGGAUGCAACAUUAUUUUUACAAGGCGCAUGUCUUAAAUAUAUUCCUUAUUCUAUUCCCGACAUAAUGACUGUCUUUAGUACUACUCAAUUAAGUACAUUACUGGUGGAACUCAUUGGUAACUUGCCUCCAUCCAGACUAGUGAAACAAAAGUUGAUUACUAUGAGCGAUAUAGUUCAUAGCCAACUUUUUUUAAACUCAGAUUGUCGUGCCAUAUUACUUCCAUCUAUUCUUGCUAGAAUUAAAGAGCUUUUAGAGUCUUCUGAUGAGGCGAAAACUAGCAUCGAGUUUCGAAACAAAACAAAAUCAGUAGCAAAAAUUGCCAAAGUGCUGGGAGAAAAUGGCCGCAAGUUACUAGACUCUCCUGACAUGAGUGAUCAAGUCGAAAUGUGUGUAAAACUAUUAGGCGACAUCAUGGAUCUUCUGUACGUGGCGGACACGGGAUCAACAUUUCGCGAUAUAACAGAAAUAAUGCUCACUGUCAUGCGUACUGUAAUUCAAACCACCAUAGCGAUGAACCGUGAAGGGACCCUAGUGGGCUACCUCGUAUCCAUCAUGAUAUCAACAUUGCGCCAGAUGACUGCCGAACACUUUGACAUCUACAUCAAAAACUUUCCCACCAAUAUCGACUUGUUAGAUUUUCUCAUGGAAAUACUGCUCGUCUUCAAGGAUCUUGUUAUACGGCCGGUGUUUCCCAAAGACUGGUGCGAGAUGAUAAUGCUUCAGAACAGUGUGAUAUUGAAGUCGUUGAGAUACUUUUCACACACGAUCCGUGACUAUUUCUUCAAAGACUUCGAACACCAAGCGUGGAAUAACUUCUUUCAUUGCGCUGUCACGUUCUUGACGCAGCCGUCUCUUCAGCUGGAACAGUUUUCAUCCAAUAAACGUUGGAGGAUCAUCAGUCGGUACAAGGACAUGCGCAGGGAAACCGGAUUUGAAAUACUAAGCAUGUGGUUUAACUUGGGGCAGUACAAAGUAAAUUUCGUUCCUAGUCUGGUGGGCUCUUUCCUAGAGAUGACAUUGACGCCCGAAGUCGAGUUGCGCAAAGCCACCAUACCAAUAUUCUUUGAUAUGAUGCAAUGCGAGUUUUAUUCAUGUUUCGAUGGUCACACAAACAAACGGGACUCGAGUAACAUCAAAGCUAAAUUCAACGAUUUUGAAAACGAAAUGAUUGCCAAACUUGAUCACUUAGUUGAAGGUGGUAAAGGCGAUGAACAGUUCAAAGAACUUUUCGAAUCUGUAAUGUUAAGGAAGUGUGAAAAUCAUUCUACCAUGAGAGAUCAAGGUAAUCGAUUUGUUAAAAUAGUUACCGGUCUUCUGGAACGAUUGCUAGAAUAUCGAGCCGUCAUAAAUGAUGAAAACAAAGAAAAUAGGAUGAACUGUACUGUUAACUUAUUGAAUUUUUAUAUGGAUAUAAAACGUCAAGAAAUGUACAUCAGAUAUGUGAACAAACUGUGUUCUCUUCAUUUAGAAUGUGAUGACUUCGCCGAAGCUGCAUAUACUCUUAGAUUACACAGUGAAUUACUAUCGUGGUCGAAUGAUCCAUUGCCACCUUUAUUACGAUCUCCAUUGAGGUACCCAACAUGCGACACACACAGACAAUUAAAAGAAGCUUUGUACCAUGACAUCAUUGAUUAUUUCAAUAAAGGAAAAAUGUGGGAAUGUGCUGUGUGCAUGUGUAAAGAACUAGUUAGACAGUGUGAAAGUGAGACGUAUGAUUAUAUACAGCUAAGCUCAUUAUUACAACGUAUGUCAAAUUUCUAUGAUAACAUAAUGAAGCAGCUCAGACCUGAACCAGAGUAUUUCAGAGUUGCAUAUUAUGGCAAAGGUUUUCCUUCAUUCAUACAAAACAAAGUUUUUAUAUACAGAGGCAAAGAAUAUGAACGUCUAAGCGAUUUCUCAAACAGGACACUGAAUCAAUUUCCUAACGCUACUUUAAUGCAAACAUUAUCAAAACCUGGAUCAGAAAUUACUGAAUCUUCUAAUCAAUAUAUUCAAAUUAAUAAUGUUGAACCUGUAAUGGACGAACGAAAAGAACAUUUAUUAAGAAAACCGAUCAGCCAGCAAAUACUUAGACAUUAUAGAGUGAAUGAUGUGAAGCGAUUUAAGUUUUCAAGACCAUUUUACCGCGUAGAUCCUAAGGCAAACUCAAAUGAUGAUAACGAGUUUGCAAAUCUAUGGAUUGAACGCACAGUGUUAGAUACGACAUAUUCAUUACCUGGCAUACUACGAUGGUUUCCAGUUAAACAUUUUGAUACAUAUGAAAUAAGUCCGCUUAAAAAUGCAAUUGAGACUAUGCAGGAAACAAAUAAGUAUCUAAGAGAGUUGAUAAUAGCUCAUCGAAAUGACUCAACACUGCCAUUGAAUCCUUUGACUAUGAAAUUGAAUGGCAUACUGGAUGCAGCUGUGAUGGGUGGAGUGACGAAGUACGAAAAAGCAUUUUUUACCUCUGAAUAUUCGGUGAAUCACGAAGAAGAUGAACAACUUAUUGAAAAGUUAAAGGAUUUGGUUGCUUCCCAAAUACCAUUAUUAGAUAUUGGUGUAAAAGUACAUAGCGCACGUGCUCCACCAUCGUUGACACCUUUACAAUCACGAUUUGAAGACUGUUUUGAAAAAAUGAAAGUGCAUAUUGAAGAAAAUUAUGGCAAAAAGACGUGUGAUAUUAAAUUUGAUGUGGUCAAAAUGAGAAGACAUACAACUGCUGGAAGCCGUUUUAACGAAAAAAGAUAUUCUGGUUCUAGUAUUGGAUCAACAGAAGGACAAAAUGGUAUAACUAAGCAAUCUCUUAUGUCAACAACUUCAUUAUCUUCCAGCCUGGCUAUCUUUGCAGGACCUGUAUUAGUGUCUGGUUCGAAUAAAUUUGGUACUAUUGGGGCACUUACAAGGAAAGAUAAAAAAGAAAAAAAAAGACGUAAUAGGACUGUAUCAAAAAUGGCAACAACAAAUGAUAGAGAUUUGAGCAUUUCUAACAGCUCUUCUAGCAAUAGUCAAUGGUAUGCACUGCCUGAUGCGGACAAUAUGUCUUUGAGUUCUAUAAACAGUAAUCUGAGUGUAUUUUCUUCUCCUACACCUGUCAUUGAGUUACGGCAAGAGCUGACACCCAAGAGGCCACUUCGCUCAGAAGUGGAAAAAGAGAGACGUUUAAGUCGACCCAAUAGUGGUCAGUAUCAAUUUUCAAAGUUACCAUCCAUGAAUAGUAUUAAUAGAGAUUCUUUGGCAACAGAUUCGACGGCAAGUGAUGAUGACACUCCUCCACCACUGCCUGCAAAGACCAGAGAAGCUGAUUACUCAAAUCUCUCAGACAAAGACAGUUUGGGUCUACCGGAUUAUUGUAGUCCUAUUAUAGUGAACAACAUUAUGUCAGAACAGCCGUUACAAUUAAUCAACUCACAAGAAAACAAUAGGCCGCCAACACCUCCUCCCAAGAAACCCCCAAUGAAAGCUCCUGUGUAA